GCAGCGCCCGCAGUCCCCACGCAUGGAGCUGUGCCACGUCCCCGCCGGCCGGGAGAAGGGCUGGUACCUGGCGCUGAUGGCCCCCAAUGUCAAGGGUCCCAACUACGCCUGGCUGGACCCCUCCCGGCUCUACCUCCACCCGCAAGGCUUCCAGGACUGCGUGGCCGACCUGCUGCAGCCCUUCCAGGGAGAUGCCAUCGACACGGUGGCCGGCAUCGACGCCAUGGGCUUCAUCCUGGGCGCCGCRGUCGCGGCCACGCUGCGGAAAGGCUUCCUGGCCAUCCGCAAAGCCGGGCACYUGUGCGUGCAGACGGUGGCACAGCCCUACAGCGACUACUCGGGCCGGGAGAAGGUGAUGGAGGUCCGGACUGACGCCAUCUCGCCGGGUCUGCGUGUCCUUCUGGUGGACCAGUGGGUGGAAACUGGGGGCACCAUGCGAGCGGCCAUUGAGCUGGUGGAGCGGCUGGGGGGGGUCGUGGCAGGUGUCGCUGCCAUCUGCAUCGAGAACAGCGAGGGGGGGAAGUGGAUCCGGGAGCGCUACAAAUGCUCCCACUGUGUCCCCCCCCGGCUGCAGCCCCGCUUCGACCAGCACCAGCUUGGCUGGGACUGAUGUGGGACUGGCACCUCGUGUGUCCCCUGCAGCCCCUCCCCGAGGGACACAGGGCUGCUGGCUCUGUGGGACAGGGAUGCUCCUCGGUGGAAGAAGGAACUCGUCCUCAGCCGCAGCCAUCCAUCCUCCCUGCCUCCAUCCUCCUGCUUCCCCU